UGUGGAUUGUGGCUUUUUAGUCGUAGAAUUUGUAAAUGCGUAUUUAUUGUUUAGGUUGGAGUAAUAUUAAGUGAAAUAGCUCCUAAAAUUAUCGCAAAAUAUUAGUGAGUGGUGUUGCUUUUUGCAAUAUGUACGGGAUUUAUUAUACAAUAUCUAAUACAACAAUCACCUAAUAAGCAAGGAAAAUGGACCCAAUUAGUGACAAUGACUGGCUUGGAUACAAGAAUGAAGCAGUUGAUGAAACACGGAAUAUCGUCAAUAUUGUUCGUAGCUGUCAUUGGAGAGAACAAGGCAUUAACCCUCCACACUGCCUUGCCAAUAAGACAGUGCUAGAAAAUAUAGCUGAAGAUAUUCUUGUUCAGAAACCUCUUAAGAUAAGAUCAUGCGAUUUACCUGGUUACCCGAGGUCUACAUUCUUGAUGGUGUUUAGCCCUGAUGGGACCAAAGUUGCAUCAACUCAUGGUAACCAUAAUGUUUAUGUAUCUGAACUGGCGAGUGGUAAACAUGUUCGCAUACUAAAGGGCCACCCACGGACGCCUUGGUGCAUCGCUUUCCACCCAUCCCAUCCUCAAUUAAUUGGCUCUGGCUGCUUAGGCGGUCAGGUGCGGGUGUGGGAUAUUGCCAGUGGUGGAAGUGAAGUAUGGAACGUGCGAAACGAGACAGUAAUAGCAUCUAUUGCAUUUCAUCCUCGUGACCAAUUGCUAGUGAUUGCGACGCAUAAUGAACUAUAUUUCUGGGACUGGAGUCAACCUGCGCCAUUUACUAAAGUUUCCACUAAUAACAUAAAUGAAAAAGUUAGAUAUGUAGCGUUUGAUGCUCUAGGUUAUAAAUUAAUAACUGGAAUAUCCUUAUGGGUAAACUCGGGGGGACUUGGUAACUUGUUCGUUCAGCAGAAUCAAACACCGGGUUCUGCUUCCAAUAGUAAUAGCAAUAGAAGAGAUGACCCUGAUGAUAAUCCAAAUGAAUCUAGAGAACAGGAUAACCCAGGAUCAGCUCAGGACAUGAUAGUGAAUUCAUACCAAAACCUGGUACAGAGAUACGAUAGUCUUGUUAGGAAUUACCAACGAUUAUUCAGAGUUCGACACAGACUUGUAAAUACAAGCACCCCGCCCCCGCCAAACACGAUGGAUAGAGGAACAGAUCCUAUGGAAACUGAUACGUCGGCUGGGAUGUCGAGCUGGACGCGAUCUACUCGUCCAUCUACCUCAGCAUAUAACGAUGGUUCCACACUACAUCCUAUCCCUGCAAGACCUCAUCAUCAAGACAAUGAAGACAGUAGUGGAGAAGGCAGUAGUAGUCGUUUACUCAAUUUCGAUGUAUUAUCUAUUAACAGUAACCCUAUGAGAAACCAACAUUUGUCACCGAAUCAAGAACAUUCCACUUUCGGAUCCCGUUCCUCGGCAUUUCAACCUCUUGGCGACACGCGGAGAACUUUCCGAUCAAACGUUUCAAAUGAACUCAACUCAACUAGGCUACUACUUAAUCCAUUUUCGUCUUCUAAUAAUUCGCCUCGACCUAACAGGAAUAUGGCUGAUGGUCUGAACAUGUUGUACAGAAACAUCGGGAACACAUCACGAACUAGCAUAUUCACGUCGUCUAGACAUGACUGUGACCGCUCUAGUUUUGCACGAGAUUUCGCCCGACGUCGUCGAAAUUCGUCACCGUCACAGGCUACCCGUGUGCCGGCUCGAAGUAGCAAUGCAACGGGCUUCCCUGACCAAUUACCAUCGACGUCCACAGGCCGCGCAUCUUCCGCUACAAGUUCACCGCGGCCUAUUAUGACGUCCACGUCCACCCAAAUGAGCCCCAUUUCGACACCCGUCGACGCUCAAAGCAUAAAUGAGAGUCUAGAUUUGAUCCGUGAUAUUCUAAGGGACUCGGGAACUAGGCUUUUGAACUUGAUCACAAACAUGUCACUAACGACACUGGAGAGCGUGGAACGCAGCAUGCCAAGGCGAGGCGCAGCGCGAGCUCAGUCAGACGACGGCGACACUGCCCGCCCACGCCUUCGCCUCUUUAGCUCUUCGCUUCGUCGCGACUUUCUUUCCUCGAGUUCUGACUCAGAUAGUGAUCGAUCCCUCGAAGUCAAUAUUUUCAGAACUAGAAACUCUUCAUUUAGGGAGGAUGGUCCCAGGGGUAUGGACGGGUCCUCUACAACCGAUACCAUACAUUCUUCUGAUAACAGACCAGCGGCUACGGAUCGCAUGGUGUUCGAGUUGAAUAAUGAUUUGCCCGAAGAAGAAACGUCCCAUGAUGCUGGUGGUUUCAAUGUAUCGGUAUCGAGGUGCAGGUUUCGGGUUAGGACACAAAAUGAUUCUUCUGGAGAGGGUCCGAGUACGUCUAAUAAUAGAGGUGAAAUGGAGACCGCAAAUAUUAGAACCAGAAAUGAAACAUCAAAUAGUCGAUUAGGCACUGAAACAAUAAAUAUUAGGCAUGGUACUGAGACUCCAACCACCAUGAGAAGCGGGGCUGAUGCUUCUAACUUGAGGUCCAGUACCGAGACCUCAGACAUGAGAGGUGGAACUGGGACGUCAAAUAUUAGAAAUGUGACCGAAACGCCAAACAUUAGUAAUGAGACUGAAACAUCAAAUAUUAGGAACGAAAACGAGACAUCAAACAAUAGGAACGAGACCGACUCCUCCGGGACUCCCUUCACAAACAAUUCCGAUUUUAAUCCAAAUCGUCCUUCCACCAGUAGAGAUUCUAAUAAUUGGCCCAGAAGUAAUGUCAUACCACCUGAUGAGGCAUAUAGAAAAGUAAGAGCUGGUGUGAAAGCAUUACAGAAGCACACUUCACAGCUGACGAAUAUGUGGCUGCGUGGUAAUCGUACUACAAUGCGAGAGUUGCGUAUAAUGUGGGAAAAUUUGCGUCGACGUGUAAUAAUGUUGCAUAGAGAGACAGGUAGACAAGAUUCGCCGAGUUAUUAUACACGGUCACUGUUAGAAAGAUGUAUGAUGUUAACUGAGAUGUCAGACAACAUUACUCUUAAUGCCAGUAGAACUUCAAGGAGUAAUCCAAGAAAUGAAAGUAAUGACAGAAACACUGACGAAUCUCGUGAUGAAUCAGUUAAUACUGAUAAUACGAGAACAAAUAACGAUACUCUCAAUGAACCUUACACAUCGACAGAACCCCACACUGAUAAUAGACAUCCGCAAUCGGGUAGAUCACCUUCUGCUAGAACAUCCUCAAGCUUCCGAUCUUCCCCAUCUAUGAGAAGAAGAUUGCAAUCUAGUUAUAGAUGGAGACCGGAAGAUGAACUUAGGAGACGGUCAAGAAAUCCUACUGCUAAUCGAUUAGCCGCCCGAUAUUCUAGAUCCCGCAGGGACUACUCACGUGCUAUUGAAAUUAGUGCAACAAGACAUGAGAUACAUAUGCGAGCUAUGCAAGUGCUAUCUGUAAUGUUUAAUAUGAUGAUGAUGUGUUUGGAAGAACGGGGACUUAGUCAGCUCAUUAUAGAUAUGUUACGAACAUUAAAAAAAGCCUUAGCAUUAACAUGCUUAAUGUUGAUGACAAAUCGAAAUAACGGAAGGUCGGGAAAUAAUCCAACCCCAUCAGCUCAACCUGUUGAUUCUCUGAAUAUUGUACGUAUUCAAAACGUCGACCACACUGGACCUGUCAAUGUAGAUGGGCCUGAUGAUCCUGCAUCUCCACACGUCACUAAUGAAGUAGAAGAAGACCGAUCACAAAUACAAUCUAAUGAACAUAAGCAAGAUAGUCAAGAUAAACCUUCAAUAUCCCAUUCAAUGACUAUUGAUAGUAAUAUCAUACAAGAAGGUAUUCCGCCAUCUUCAAAUAACACUACACAGAGAUGGAGUAGUCGUCUUGCUGUACAAAUUGCCGCAGCUAAUAGAAAUAAUUCUGCAACAGCUAGAAACAGACGCGAAUUGUAUUUAGAAAGUAGACGGCUAAAAGCUUUACAUAGAACAAACCCAACUGCUCACCCGCUUAUUAAAAAAAGGGCUCUUCCUCCAGUAUCGACUUACAAAAUUCCAGCAUUGCUUAGCUCACCUAAUAGAAUGAAAGAUACAACCUUAAUGACACCCAGGCGUAGACCCAUAUCCAGUAGUAACGACGAACCAGUGGCUGGUCCGUCUAAUGCGCCCUUUCCUCCAGAAAAUCCAAAUCCUGCAAGACCUAGAAACAGCGAAGUAAUGAAUGAAUUCGAACACAGAGUCAAUCUGAUUCGCAUUGCUCACAUGCAAGCGAUUAACUUUAGAAAUGCAGCGCGAAAUAGAUUUAGGCGUCUACAAACAAUUCGUCUAUACACGCCAUCAUCAGUACGAGAAAUGUUCGCUCUGACAUCAAACAAUUCAGACAAUCAACAAAGCAAUCGGUCUCCUCUCCAAAAUACAUCGGAACAUGACAAUCGUCGUCCCUUUGCAGCAUAUCGGCCACAUAUUCUAACCCCGCGUAGUGAAUCUGCUGGCCGGCCUCCUGAUGAUUUCCACGCUGUUCUGAACAACGUUGCCUUGCCACUGAUGCAUGUUAAUGAACAGUCGGCCAACUCGGAAAGCCAAGGAAGCCCUCAGCCUCAGCGGUUACCACGGAUUCACGAAUAUCUACAACCAAUUAUAUUGGCUCAGAAUGCAAUGGUAGUGGAUGUAGAAGGCAACGGAGGUGAGCAAUGGUCCGGGGGUGGUGGUGGUGGUGGUAACGGAGGCGGAGGCGGAGGUGGAGGUGGCGGCGGAGGAGGGGCGGGGGCAAUGCGACGCAUGAGUGGCAUCGCAGGGCUGCUAGACGCCGGUAUCAUCUCCGAAGCCCAACCCGCGCCCUCGCAUCGCGUGCAAGCCUGGGAUUUCACCACCGGCUCUACGCCCGAUAUCGCAGACAGUACUAAAAACGUAGUGGUGCAGAGAUGCAAGAUUCAUAACGAUGCCAGCAUUGACAUAUCCAAAGAUGGCCGACUAUUGGUAGCCUUGCUGCCGCUACCCCGGUUCAGGAAUACUAAUCAAUGGCUCGGUGUGUACUCGCUGGAGUGGGCGCGGCUGGGGCAGUGCCUGCACACGGCGGCGCUGGAGCAGAGCGCAGUGUCCGUGGCGCUGUCGCCCACCGCGCGCCACCUGGCGGUGGGGCUCGGCUCGCGCCGCAUCACCACCACUCCGCACUCGCGCAACAACGUGUUCGCGCUGCUCUACAGGCUCGACCCGAGAGAAAACUCGAGCAGAACGGGCCUGUCGCCGAUAAAGGAACUAGAACAAAACUGGGAACACAGCUUUACCAGCCUUAAUUGCAUCCGCUGGGCGCCCCAGCCCGGACAGGGUCUUGUCUAUGCUAACAACACUGGACAACUUAUAAUUAUGAGUUAAGUAUCUCGUACUGUCAAGACGUAAUUGUCACUGCCAUGUAAAUGACCAACUCUUAAAACGAGUACUACACUAUAUACGAUUAUCCCGAAGUUAUUAUCUACUAUGGUAAUUUCAAAAAAAAAAAGCAUAAAUGCCAUCUACAUGUCUUGUAUUUUGUUUAAACAAUCGUCGCGAAGUUCAUCUUAAAUGAAACAGUAAGGUUAAUUCUGUUUUUUUUUUUGUACUUUCUGUUAAUUCUUAACAAUUUUGAGUCGUAUAAUACUUGUUAAGUUACUGAUCUCUGACGUUUACACUUAAUUUGACUUAUAAUAGUAGCUUGUGGUCAAUGUGAAAUGUUCGUCUACCUUUGGAUUUUCUAAUAUAUGGUAAAAAGAACAACAUUGAAAGCUAUUAAAAGUCUAUGAUUGACAUUUGUAGAAGUCUUCUACACCUUAACUGAGACUCCAGGACUAAUUAAUAAUAAAAAAUACGUAGAUGCAAAAAUGUAUAAUAAAAUAAGAGUGAUUUAGAAUGAAUUUAAAAUACAGAAUUGUAUCGCGUUGCCUCUAUGAAAUUAAACUUAAUAUUUCAAAUAAGUUUAAUUUCAGAAAAUAGUCUCAAAUGAAAUAUUCUAAACUUUAUAGAAUGUUAUUUAUUACAUCUUUAAGAGUUACUUAGUAUCUUUGUCAUGGUUGUAUUCAUUAAAAAAUGUAUUACGUUAAAAGAAAUAAUUACGUAUAUAAAUACUAACUCAAGACAAUUAGGUAUGUUAAAUUAUGAUGAAAAUAUCCCAACAACUUAUGUAUAAAAAGUUAACUACUAGUUAUUUAUUCAUUUAAUUUUAAUGUUAGAUUAACUACAGUUUAAAAUCUCUGUCAAUUUAUGCUACUUCCCAUCAAACUAUGAUCGUGGAUCUGAUAUUUCUUACUGUGAAUUUGUGUAUAUGCAUGAUAACAAACGAAAUUAAUUUUCUAUAUUAAGUAUAUAUUACUUUCGCUGCUUUAAUCAUAGGUAUUCACAAUUUUGACAGAAUACGAUAAUAGGAUUAUGAAAAAUCGAGUGAGACAUGCAAUAUUAAACAUGGCUUUAUGUCUCUACUACAAACCAGGUUUAGUAUUAAAUAUAAAUUUUGGUUUAUAUAAUGGCAACAAAUGUUCAUUUUGAGAGAGUAGAAAGUUCUUUAAAAUAAACGUUUGUACUUCAAAAAUUGUGCAUAAUUAGUAUACAUCGAAAAUAAUAUCAUAAUUAGUAACCUUCUUAGGUAACUGUAAUAUAUAUACUGAAUAGAGAAUAUUCAUUAUAAAUAUUUUAUUGCUUUAAAAGUUCUAACAUAACGUAGAUGUGUUCAGUGCAAUGCAGACGCGGCCGAAAAUUAUGUAAGUACGAUGCACUAUUACAAUAUGAAUUGUUAAUGUAUCAAAGUAAUAAUUUAAAAUAUUGUUAACAGACAAAUCGAAACCAUUAGUAUCCCCGAAGAAAAAUGAAUUUUCCGUGCAAGGAGGCUAGAUUACCGUUUUUCGAAACCAUUUCACUUUGAAAAAAAAAACGUUCUAUAUAUAUCACUGCUAAAACACUGCCUUCAAAGGAUUUUAAUGAUUUCGAUUUCAUCCUUACAGGAUUCUGCAAAAACUAUCUUAACUUUAAACGUAAGUUAUAAAAUAGAUCACUAUAGAUUUCAGUUAAAAUAAUUAAUCUUAAUAUAUAUGUACGUGUUCUGUGUUCUUUAAUAAGCAUAAAAUACAAGUACUCGUGGCCAUGGAUCCAUCUACCCAGACCUACUUGUCGCUCAUGCAAUCGAGAGAACAGAAAACUACUAAGUAAUUUUCUUACAUAAAUAUGUUUCAAGAACGUAGAAAGUGCUACUUAUACCAUUUUUCAUAAUAAAUAAAUUCUGUUUUACUUAAUAGGUAUAUAAAUAUAUAAAUACAAAAAAAUGCUUGUUAGAUGUCUUCUAUUCUAUAACAAGAAAUUCUUAAAUAUCUUAUUAUUUAUUUAGCUGUACUUUUUAUCAACUUUGUCACACUUAUUUUUUAUAAAUAGGAACAACAAAAUUAAAUGUUUUAAACAUUGUAUAUUUCACGUGUAAUGAUAUUUAGCUUUCAGAAAGAACAAGAAAAAUUUAUAUUUACUUCCUGUUAUAAUUUGCAGUUUUAUUCAAUAAAUUUACAAGUGCGAACUAAUAUUCGACGUUAUUACCCUAUUAUUACUUUUAUAAUUUACUGUACAAUAUUAUCAUCACAUCAUAAAUAUAUCCAAUGAUCGUGCAAGCUAUGACGUUUAUUGUGGACAAAAAAUUUAAAGGUGUAUUUUAUUUUUAGGGAGGAAAAUAAACCAAAGUAAUUAACGUUACAUAUGAACACUUGCAACAUCGAUGAGAUUGCUUAUGUACUGCGGGCCUUAGCUGUAAAUUUUAUUUCUAGAUAUUUAUUCUAACGGUUAAAUCGUUUGUCAUAGUGCCGUGCUACAGUAAAUUAUAAAAGCACCCAUUUUCUAUUAUUAAUAUUUGCGAUCGAACUUUUGAUAUACAUAAAUUAACGUUGGGCGAAAAAUUUAAACAUUUAAAUGAACUCUAAAAUUUCAUUUUCCUAAAUUUGGUUCUUCCAUUAUUUAUAAUCUUGGCCUUUACUUUCAUGAAUAAUGUUGUAUCAUAAUAAAAUUAUUAUUAUAUCAAAAUAAAUUAUGGUAGUUUUUGGUUUAUCAUUUUCGUGAUAUACUUGUAAUUUCUCGGAUCUAAUAAAACAUAUUUAUAAAUGUAUAAGUUAUAUUGUUAUUUCCUUUGUUAAUUAGGUUAAAUCCGAUCUAUUAAAGAGUUUCUAUUUAUUCUUAUAGACUGAUUUUUUUAACCAGGGUAUAGGUAACAUUUUGUCUGAAAUUUUUUUGGCAUGUCCGAAGUAGAAGAAUAUUUUAGGUAUUUAUUUAGUUCUUGUAAUGAAAAACCCGUGUCCAGUAAUGUAACAUUGUGGAUAAUAAUAAAGAUUAUAUAAGUAAAUUAAUUGUGUUAGUUUUUAAAUGUGGUGAUGGACUCUGGUGCGUCAAUAGCAUAAACGGAACAUCAGCCAAUAUUUAAUGUUGCUGGUUUGUAGUUUAUGUUUUUUUUUUUAUUUUUUUUUAAGUAAAAUCGCCGCACUUUUUUAAUGUUGCAAAUAAUUCAAAAUUCUUCAUAUUUGGUAAAUUUAAAAUAACGUGUUAAUUAUGUUUAAUAUACAUGUAUUAACUAAAAUAGCAACCACUUAGAAAAAUGCUGAAAACUAAUCAAAAUAAUUGGUGAAAAAAAAUUAUUGUGAAUCACGGUACUCUAGCUUUAGAUAUUAAUAAACUGUUUUUAUUACUUGCUAAGUAAUCAUUGUAUUCUGGUAUCGAAAUACUAGAACGCAUAGUUCGCGAAUACAAGAAUAAAUAAAAAUUGUUUAUACUGUUUCAUAAUAGAAUCUUAAAAUAGGAAUAAAUUCUUAGAAUCUUGAAUAAAGAAUUUUAAAAUGGACAAAAAUAAGUCGCCCAAUCCUUUAUCACGUUUCUCCUGUG